AUGGCGCGCCCCGUCGAUCGGGCCGUUGUGCAACCCGUUACGUGCAUCGCUGGCCCCACCCGUCCCUCGCCCGUCGUCCCACCGGCUCGCUGUCCCGCUGCUGCUGCGCUAGCGACGACGACCUACGCGAGGGCGCUCGUCGCGCCCUACCCUCCCCGUGCUUACCCCGUGCCCAUGCCCGUGCUGUCCGCUCGUGUUCCACGUGCCCGUGCUGUCCGUACCCGGUUGUGCCCCACCCGUUUCACCCAUGCUGUCCGUACCCGGUUGUGCCCCACCCGUUUCACCCGUGCGUCCCGUGCUUCCCAUGCUGCCCCCAUGCCCCUGUGCUGCCCCUGUGCUCCCGUGCUGCCCCCCGUGUUCCCGUGCUGUCCCCGUGUUCCCGUGCUGUUCCCGUGUUCCCAUGCUGCCCCCGUGUUCCCAUGCUGCCCCCGUGCUGCCCCGUUCUGCCUGUGUCGUGUCCGUUUCGGUGCCCCCGUGUCCUGCCCCGCUCUGCCCGUGUUGCCCCGUUCUGCCCGUGUUGCCCCGUUCAGCCCGUGUCCUGCCCCGUUCAGCCCGUGUCCUGCCCCGUUCAGCCCGUGUCCUGCCCCGCUCUGCCCGUGUUGCCCCGUUCAGCCCAUGUCAUGCCCCGUUCUGCCCGUGCUGCCCCGUUCUGCUUGUUUGUGCCCUACCCGUGCUGUCCGUACCCGUUCGUGCCCCACCCGUGCUGUCAGUUCUCGCUCGUGCCCCACCCGGUCUGUGCUGCCCGGUCUCGUGCUGCCCAUCACCCCUGUACGGCCCGUCCCGUACAGCACCUAG